AUGGAAGUGAAAUUCAUUACUGGCAAGCACAGUGACAGGAGACCCCAGAGGGCUGAGCCGCAAAGAAUUUGCAGAGCUUUGCGGCUAACUCUGUGGCCUAGUUUGAUCUUGAGGUCAUUGUCUUGGAUAAACCUCUCAGAUCUGUUCCUGUACUUAAGAGCCACUCGACACGUGACUGAGCUCUCUGUCAGGCUCCUUUACAUCGACCUGUCAGAACUGACUUUCAGAGAACAUACAGCACAUCAAAUCGUCCAACAGAUGUCCCUUUCAAAUAAGCUGGAGCAGAACCAACUAUACGGAGAAGUCAUAAACAAGGAAACAGGCAACCCAGUGAUUUUCAGUGGCUUGGCAUAGCUCUUUGUACAGAACACUCAGCCUCCUGGGUGGAACGUGAGUUCUACAGAGUGUGCAUGCAAUAGGCAAGUUGACUCUUGCCCCACCCAGGCUCAUGCUGUGACAGGAGAGACAGAGGGAUACUUUGGAGUCCAAACUCUUCAUCAUCUCCAUGAAGUGUUCCUCAGUUUCCCAGCAUUAAGAAGUAACAAGUUUAUACUGGCAUAA